AAGCACCAUGAAGCUUUUUAUUCCCUUUGCGGUUUAUUUACACUGUGUGUGUUCAAAUUCUCUUAAAACACACAAAGCGAUCUCGUACCGGAAACUCUGAAAAAAUGUAACUUCUAAACAAAGUAUUUCCGGUUGUGUGAGGCGGGUCCGACGCGGCUGUUUCAAACAACAGAGAGCGACUGUGUUUGUUUUGCUUCUGUGUCCCGCAGAGGAGGAACACGGAUCCCGGUGAGGAGGCCGCCAUGUCCGCCAUGGCCACUGGAACCUCCAGACAACUGAGUAGCCUCCGUUUGCUCACCACCAAGUUCGUCGAGUUACUGCAAGAAGCGAAGGGAGGACUGCUGGACCUCAAAGAGGCCAUGAGGCUCCUGGCUAUCAGACGGAAGAGGCGAUUGUAUGACAUCAUAAAUGUGUUGGAGGGCAUUGGACUCAUUAGUAGGGUGACAAGCCACUAUAUAAAGUGGAGGGGUACGACGCCAGGACAUAAUAUUCUCCAGUUAAACCACCGACUGACCCAGUUAAAGUUGGAGGUGAGGGGCCUGAUGGAGAUGGAGUUGAUGUUGGACCUGCAGACCAUGUGGGUCACACAGAGCCUCAGUAACACGACAGACGACUGCAGCAACCUGAAUUAUGUGAACCAUGACGAUAUCUGCAACUGCUUCAGUGGUCACACACUCCUGGCAGUACGAGCACCAUCUGGCACAAUGUUAGACGUUCCCAUACCCAAAGCUGCCAAGAACAGUCCAGCAAAGUACCAGGUCCAUCUCAAAAGCAUCAGCGGCCCCAUAGAUGUGCUGCUCCUUAGCAAACACUCUGCGGGCUCUGCUCCUGUCGUCCUGCCGGUCCCACCGCCAGAAGACAUUUUACGGAACGCCAAGUUAGCAAUGUCCUCUUCACAUGUGACAGAAAGCAGCGCUAAUUCAAGACAGGCGGCCACAGAGGGAACACAGCAGCAUCAUGCAUCGCCGCUUAUUAACACUGAGCUCAUGCCUUCACCUUUUUUUCGAAAUUUAUCAAAGGAACUGACGGACCUACUAGACCCAUCGAAAGAAGUAAUGAAUACAGAAAUAAUUACAAAGUUUAUGACCUCUGAAGUGGUUUCUUCACUCUUCCGAGCGCCGCAGCUGCUUCCAGUUGAGUGUGAAAACCUGUAUAAUCUGGAUGAAAGUGAAAACCCCUUAGACCUCUCGCAUGACCGGCUCAAUGUUUGACCAUGAACUGUUGUAAUAAGACUGCAAAAGUACGAGUUGUAAAGAGCAGUCAGUUUUUAAAUGGUUACUCGAUUUAACAAUUAAUAAACAAAUGAUUUUGAA